CAAUUUCUAAUCAUGGAGCCAAGAUCUUUCAUUUUUCCCUGUCGUUUAUCUAAACGCGUAAAGCAAGCAGCGGGCAAGACAACUUGAAAUCCAUCAGAAAGGUCUUUCCAGAGUAGUCAAUCGGUCAAGUCUUUUGAGAGUAAUAUACAGAGGUUUUACAUUUGUCUUCGGGUAACCUUCAGGAAUACCCGAAGUUGCGCUCGUUUCCUUCUGAUUCUCUAAGUCUUCUCUAUGUAAUUUCCAAGUCAACUGGCGUGUUUGAAUAGAUAAGGCAACUCAAGUUCUAUAUUGAGAAGUAAGUGAGUGCAGAAACUCAAGUUCUAUAUUGAGAAAUAAGUGAAUGCAAAAGACUACAGAAAUAGCAAUAAUUGAUCCUGUUGUUACUUCUGUUACCGAGUGGAGAUGGUUCGUCUCCCUUACAUUUUGUUUUUUGUUUUCUCUUUUUUUUUACUUCUGCUUCUUUGCUUGGCUCAAGAAGAAAAGAGAGUGAAUCAAAGAUGUCCAGGUUUCCCUUGUGGUUUCUUGGGCGAUAUUAGAUUCCCCUUCUCCAAUCGAACGCAUCCGGAGUGUGGGUUGCUGAUUGUAGAUAACUGCACUGAAGAUGUUCAGAAGAUUCAGUUGGGGAAGGAUGUGCCGUGGUUUAAUGUUGCAGCCAUUUCUCAGGAUAAUAUGAUCAAGCUUUAUGACAAAAAUUCUGAAGAACAGUUGAAGAAUUGUAGCCCCAAAUCCUUGAAAACUUUAAUUCUUCCCAUCUCUCCUUUUCUCUCUUUUCAUCUGCCCUACAAUCAAUCAGUGUUCCAAUGCCCCCGCGGUUACAGGCUCCCCCAAAAUUUCCGUUUUGGCUGCAAUAAUUCCCAACACUCCUAUAUCUUCUACAGUAGGCCAAGUGAUCAAUUUCCAAGCCCUCAUAAUUGUUCACCUGUAAACUACCGAGUGAAUAAGACUCAGAAAAGUGUUACAUACUCUGAUUUGUUUACGGGUUGGUUCUCUUUGAAAGUGAAUGUAACGGAUGAAUGUUAUGACUGUUUUUUUGCGGUAGGGCAAUGUCAAACUGAUCGCAAGGGAAACUUUCGAUGUUCUGUGACAGGAAGAACAAACUCCAAUAUAUCUUACCCUCGAAGAACACACAUCACAAAUCACGGAAAUGGAAAAUCUAAUAUGAAGCUACGCCUUGGAAUAGGUAUUGGAGUUGGAGGAUCUAUUCUGACUGUGGCUCUGUCGAUAUUUAUUAUUUGGCGACGCAAGAAACAAAAACAUACUUCCACAAGCUUCAAUUCAAGAAAUAGUUCUUCAGAUCCCUCCUCAAGAUCAGACCUGGAAGUGGGUGGUGUCUACUUUGAGGUCCCCAUAUUCUCCUACUCUGAACUUGCAAAAGCCACCAACAAUUUUAGUGAUGAGAAAGUACUUGGAAAUGGAGGCUUUGGAACGGUAUACUACGCAAAACUUCGAGAUGGAAGGGAAGUUGCGGUCAAGCGCCUAAAUGAGAACAAUUACAAAAGGGUUAACCAGUUCAUGAAUGAAGUAAAAAUCCUCACGCGUUUGCGCCAUGGAAAUCUUGUGUCCCUAUAUGGCUGCACUUCACAGCACAGUCAGCAGGGUCUCCUUCUUGUAUAUGAAUAUGUUUCCAAUGGAACUGUUGCAGAUCAUCUCAGAGGUGAUCUUGGGAAGCCUGGUUCAUUAGCAGAUCAUCUCAGACGUGAUCUGGAGAAGCCUGGUUCAUUAGCAUGGCCUAUUCGUAUGAAGAUCGCAAUAGAAACAGCUAGUGCAUUGGCCUACCUCCAUGCUUCUGAUACCAUACAUCGCGAUGUGAAAACUAAAAACAUUCUUCUUGACAACAAUUUCUGUGUAAAAGUUGCUGAUUUCGGGCUCUCAAGAUUCUUCCCAGCUGAUGUUACUCAUGUCUCAACCGCUCCACAGGGUUCUCCAGGCUAUGUUGACCCUGAGUAUUAUCAUUGUUAUCAGCUAACUGAUUGGAGUGAUGUAUAUAGCUUUGGAGUUGUUCUGAUUGAGCUCAUUUCAUCAAUGCCUGCUAUUGAUAAAAAAAGGAACAGACAUGAGAUCAACUUGGGUUACUUCGCAAUAAACAGGAUCCAAAAAGGUGCAAUCGAAGAGCUGGUCGACCCACGCCUUGGAUACCUAUCAAAUAAAGAAGUUAGAAGAAUGACAACUUUAGUUGCAGAGUUGGCAUUUCUAUGUCUGCAACAGAACAAGGAAAUGAGACCUCCCAUGGUUGUUGUUUUGGAUGAACUGAAGAGAAUUGAAAGUGGAGAGUGGAAACUGGAAGAUGUGAAAGAAGAGAAAGAUAACAAUGAUGUGUUGAACAGUAUGGAGCCAGCACCAGAUUGUGAUGAUCUUGCCUUGUUGAAGGACAAGAGGGUUUCAUCUUCACCUAUUUCUGUUGCUGCAAAAUGGGUUAGUAGCAGCACUAGACUCAAUGUGAGUUACUAAUAUAUCUGCUUUCUGCAGCUGGAAUUUGAGCACAUCUGCUCUUAUUUUUUGUGUUGU